GUGAAGACUUUGAUAACAGAAUGGUUAGCCACUUUGUUCAAGAAUUUAAAGCGAAGCACAACAAAGAUAUCAUAGGGCGAUCCAAGAGCUCUUGGGAGAUUGAGGCACAGCGUGCGAGACAGCAAAGAGCCAAAGAUGAUUCUCUCUUCUUCGACUUGAGUUUGAUUCCUUGUAUGAAG